UAAAGGGUUAACCAUUUGAUCUUUAAUGGUGAAGAGUUGUGUUUUCUUUGCGGUACGGACUGAAUUCCUGAAUGUUAUUUAGACGAGCUGCGGCUUCAAAUGAUUACCAAUGUGCAGGAUGCCGGAUCAACGGCCAGCUGGUGACAGACAAUAGGGACGUGGGUAUCCCGGAAGAUCCUUGCCUCAAGUGCCGAUGUAAGGGCGGGCGCAUCACCUGUUCGAAGCAGGCGUGUCCCGUGCUCCACUGCCCACAGACGAGCAUAACCCCCGUCCCCGGGGAGUGCUGCAAGCAGUGCAUCGGGAGCCGAUUCCUCAUCGAACCGCCCAAGGGCGGCUGUCUCCUCGGCUUCCAGGUGCACCCGGCGGGCAAGACGACUUGUACUGUCAGCGGGCGCACAUACGAGGAUGGCGAGUCAUGGGAGCUGGGCCCCUGCAAGACGUGUGUGUGUCAGCGGGGACAGGUGCGGUGUGCCAUGCAGAUGUGUCCUCAGAAGAACGUGGCUUGCCCGACCAACUACAGGAUGGUACAGCGACCUGGAGAAUGUUGCCCGCGCUGCGUUGAGAGUGACGGAGUGUGCACCGUCUUUGGUGACCCACAUUACCGCACCUUUGACGGAAAGUUCUACAGCUUCCAGGGUGCGUGCAAAUAUCAGCUGGCAGCCGACUGCGUCGAUCGCUCGUUCUCUAUCCGUGUCACCAACGAUGCCAGAGGCACGAAGACUUCAUCCUGGACAAAGACUGUAUGCAUCAAGGUUGGUGAUUUGAAGAUCAACUUGGGUCAGAAGAUGCGCGUUAAAGUGAAUGGCCGCAAAGUGACAGCGCCAUACGAACUAGAGGGAAGGGCCACUAUCAACAAGACAGAAGACAGUCUGUUGGUUGAGACUUACAUAGGAGUCAAGGUUCUUUGGAACGGUAACAGCCUCCUUGAAGUGUCCGCGCCGGCAUCGUACAAGGGACGUCUCUGCGGUCUCUGUGGCAACUUCAACCUCGCCGCGCGUGACGACUUCACGACUCGACGAGGCCGUCUGGUGAUGGAUGCCGAUAAGUUUGGCACGUCGUGGCGAGUAGGAGGGAAGAAGGCUUGUGCUCGCCCUGACGAACAGCUCCAGUGCCAGCAUCAGGCGUCUCACAAGAGCAUAGAGAACCUUCAGCGGUGUGGCCCCCUGCAGACGGUGUUUUCUGCCUGCCACAGGAAGCUUAGCUUCAUGAACUACUUGCAGUCAUGUAUUCUGGACAUGUGUGAAUGUCCCACGCGACGCUGUCACUGCGAGUCGUUCGCCGCAUACGCGCACGAGUGCAAGAGACUGGGAGUGCAACUCCCAGACUGGAGGGCCUCCACGGGCUGUCCGAGUGCCUGGACGGAGCACAAGAGGCAGGCACUUCCUCGCAGUAGGCCGCCACCACCCAGGCUGCACUAGUCAUGUCACGAGUUCUCAAAACGAGCGCAGAAACUAGUCAGUCCGUGUCUCUUAGCAGUCAUCGCAGUUCACUCCUCUCUCUUGGUUUCAUGUCUCACAGUUGAAUAAAUCUGUGUGACGCUGAUCUGUAUUGAAUCGCAUUUCUUAUAAACACAGCUAAAAAUUAAGAAUUUAUUUUUUAAUGGUAUGGUAUUGGCAGUUUCGCAUUGUGGUCUUCCGGGUUGGACGCUGAGUAGUCUUGUA